AUGACAAGGUGCUACAAAGAUGGAAAUGUCACCAAGACAUACCGCCACAAACAGCUUCUUGUAAAUCAAUUGAAGCCUUUAACUGAGCAACAAUUGGUAGGCAUCUACAACUUGCAACAGUCAUCCCAGCAGGCUGAAGAUGCUGUGUCACAAGGCAUGGAGGCAUUGCAACAAUCCCUGGCUGAGACAUUGGCCAAUGGCUCACCUGGUCCAUCAGGAUCAUCUGGGAAUGUGGCAAACUAUAUGGGUCAAAUGGCCAUGACCAUGGGAAAGCUUGGAACACUUGAGGGUUUCCUUCGCCAGGCUGAUAAUUUGCAUCAACAAACACUGCAACAAAUGCACCGUAUAUUGACAACCAGGCAAUCAGCUCGUGCGCUUCUUGCAAUAAGUGACUAUUUCUCUCGUCUUCAAGCCCUCAGUUCCCUCUGGCUUGCGCGGCCACGGGAAUGAGAAGCACAAAAUUGUCCUGAUGAAGUUCUUUUGAAGACUGACUCAACCCAUCCUAUCAAAUGAUCAUUAAGCAUAGAGUUCAUAAAGGAUCAGUCAUAUGAUUCACCAUUCAGUGGAUUUGCUGUCGAUCUUUAACCCGAAAUUCAUUUGGGAUUGGGUUGUCAUGCAUUAGUCACAUUGAUCAUCAAAUUGAAAGUUGCAGAUCUCUUUGUUGUUGAUAUUGUCUCCAUCUGCACUUCUAGUGUCACAUAUGUUUACCUAGGUUGGUUAUUCUCAUUUCUUAUGUUUAAACUAUAGAUCCAAUAAUCUGAUUAUGUUAGCUGUUUAAUAGAACCAGGAAGGAAAAUAGGAUAGUAUUUGUAAUGUAGGUUACAGUAAUCGAUUUGUAUACCAGAAUCAGAUUAUAUA